UUUACUUGGAAUAACACCUAGUUGUGGGACUGAUGUAUGUGUUACUUUUAAGAAACUGCCAAACUGUUUUUCAAAGCUGCUAUACUGGUUUAUAUUCCUGUUGCAAUACAUGAGAAGUUGCCCUACAUCCUCACCCGCACUCACGUGGUUUGUUCACCUGUUUGUUCGUUCAUUCAACUUCUUGACAUUCAACUAAGUGUGUAGUGGUAUUGCACUGUAGUUUUAAUUUCCACUUCCUUGAUGGCUAAUGACGGUGAGUCUAUUCAUUCUUCUAAAUCUCUGCUUGGUCUUCACUUCUGACAAAACCCCACUGUACUCGCUUUCUCUGUAGACUGGUUAAGUUCCUGUCCUUUGUGGUUCCAUGACAACAGUUUCUCCACCUUGACCGUAGCCCACUAAACUGCAAUUGUUUUCCUGUUCUCGCCUUGCUCAACACUCUGGUCACACAGACACACACACAGACACACACAUACACGGUUAUGAGCUCCGCGAGGGCGGAAGCUGCAUCUUCCUUUGGUAUCUCCAGCUCCUAGCACGGACCUGAAACAGAAUUUUUAUACAAUAAAUAUUAAAUGAACGAAUUAAUAAAUGCUGAACAAAUUAGAGAAUGGGCAGAUGAAAGUAAAUAGGAAGAAGCUUUUGCAAUGAGACGGGCCUGGCUGUGCCAAUUAACUCUUUCUCUAUCGCUCCGCACACUAAGGUCCUCUCAGUAAAGGCAACACUGCCGUGCGAUCUUUUACGAGGAUGACGACUGGACCACACCCUUUAACAGACGCAAAGCGGAAGAGGCGGGCCGGAAGUGGAUGUGCGGCAGGGAGUUAGCGGCGUCUCAGUUGCCAUGGAUACUGGAAGGGGAGAGCGGCAGUCCGCUGAGUCUGGGUCCUACGCCUUCGCUGGGGCGACGUGGACGCCAACGCCGCGUCCGACCCUGAUCCGCAGCCCCAGCCAGUCCUCCCUCGCCUACUCCGAGUCUUUCUACCACGGUUUUGGUGGUCGGCCCCGCCGCGUCUCGCCGCUCACGCUCCGGCCGCUCCUCGAGCCGCACCUGCUGCGCCUGCGCCCCACCUCGCUGCGCACCCAAGACAUCUCUUACUUGCUCACCGGCGUCUUUCGCAACUUGUAUACCGCCGAGGUGGUUGGCGAGGAGGUGAGUGCGAGUUUGAUCAAGGCCCGCGGCAGCGAGGAUGCUCGGCACGAGGAGUUCGUGGACCAGCUGCAGCAGAUUCGGGAGCUCUAUAAGCAGCGGCUGGAUGAAGCUGAAAUGUUGGAGAGACAUAUCAUUCAGGCCCGUGCACGGGCCCUCGCGGAGAAAGAGCGGGCCAUGCACCAGGCCGAAGUACAGGUCCUUGAGCCGUUCAUCAAGAUGCCUCCAGCGAAGACCAUCUUCAGGUGGUGUGUGGACAACGAGUUGCUACAGAAGCAUCAUUUGAUCUGCCCGAAUGAUUACUACAGCGAUACAGUGCCCUUUUCCUCUGAACCUAAAGGUGUCUUUGUCCCUGGAUAUUCAAAACUGACAUUUAGUUGUGAGAAACGUUCUGUCCCAAAGAAAGAGCUGACCAAGAAGCUUGCCUGCAGGAAGACGCCCUCUCAGUCUGAAGAAGAGACAGACUACACCAUGGGCAGCCUGACGUGGGACUCAUCUCUUAAGGCCAAACUCAGAUCCAGAGCACCUGUCAAGAAAACAGGUUCACCGAAGAAUAAAAACUGGAUGAACCAUUUACGUGUGCCCCAGAGGCAGCUGGAGCGGCUUCUGCUUGCCAGGAUGGAGAGUCGGAACCGCUUCCUGAAAAACCCUCGCUUUUUCCCUCCUAACACUCCGUUUGGAGGCAAGUCUCUUCUCUUUCCUCCCAAGAAGCCAGCACCGAUAGGAGAAUUCCAGGAUGGAGAGCUCGAAGAGAGUUGUGCUGAUACUCCAGUGUUUCUAGCUAAGCCCUCAAUCGCAUUUUUCACAGAUUAUGAAAUUGGACCAGUUUAUGAGAUGGUGAUCUCGCUGCAGAACACCACGUCCACCAGCCGCCACCUGCGAGUCCUCCCGCCGUCCACGCCCUACUUCUCUCUGGGAUCGGGGAUGUUCCCAGGAAAAGGUGGAAUGGUGGCUCCUGGAAUGACCUGCCAGUACACUGUCCAGUUUUUUCCCGACUGCCUUGGGGAUUUCGAUGACUUUAUUUUAGUGGAGACCCAGUCAGUGCACACGCUCCUGAUUCCCCUGCAGGCCCGGAGGCCGCCCCCAGUGCUGACGCUGUCGCCAGUGUUGGACUGUGGUUACUGCCUCAUUGGGGGCAUGAAGAUGACCAGAUUCAUCUGCAAAAACGUGGGCUUCAGCGUGGGCAGGUUCUGCAUUAUGCCUAAAAAGAGCUGGCCGCCGCCAAGCUUCAGAGCUGUUGCAACCAUCGGCUUUGUUGAGCAGCCUCCCUUUGGGAUCCUGCCGUCAGUGUUUGAGCUGGCUCCGGGGCAGGCCGUAUUCAUGCAGGUCCUGUUCCUCCCAACCAGCCUGGGAAAGGCAGAGCAGACCUUCAUCAUCGUGUGUGACAACUGCCAGAUAAAGGAGCUGGUGACCACAGGAAUCGGGCAGCUGGUGGCUCUGGAUCUGGUCUAUGUUUCUGGUGAAAAAAGUCAGCCGGAGCCUGGAGAGCUCACAGACUUAACAGCCCAGCACUUCAUACGCUUUGAGCCUGAAAACCUUCAGUCCACGGCCAGCAAACUGCUGAUUAUUAGAAACACCACGCACGUGGAGCUGGCCUUCCACUGGCAGAUCGUGAAGCCCAACCUGAGGUCCCUAAUGCCUGGAGAAACCUACAGCCCGGACAGCAUCCAGUCCCACCCCGACAGGGAGACGGCCUUCUCCAUCGCCCCCGACACGGGAGCUCUCGAGCCCCACACGGACCACGAGUUCCUCUUGAGCUUCUCUCCUCGCGAGCCGGGGGAUUUUCACAGCGUGCUCCAGAUGGUGCUAGAGGAAGUCCCAGAGCCCAUGAGCUUGGACUUGAAAACCCCGAAGGAUCCCCCGUACUCUGUGGAUGACGUGAUUGUCCUGGAAAUCGAGGUGAAAGGCUCAGUGGAACCUUUCCAGGUUCUCUUAGAACCAUAUGCCCUCAUCAUCCCCGGGGAGAACUACGUUGGGAUGAACGUGAAGAAGGAUUUCAAGAUGUGGAACAACAGCAAAUCAGCCAUCAGGUACGCGUGGGGGAGGAUCAGCGACUGCCACAUCAUUGAAGUGGAGCCCUGCACGGGGACCAUCGAGCCCAACGAGGUGGAGGAUUUUCAGUUGAACUUUACCGGGGGUGUCCCUGGCCCGACGAGCCAGAACCUGCUGUGUGAAAUCAAAGACUCGCCCUCACCGGUGGUCUUACACGUCGAGGCGGCCUUUAAGGGGCCUGCCCUCGUCAUCGACGUCUCAGCCCUUCAGUUUGGUUUGCUGCGCCUGGGGCAGAGAGCCACAAACUCCAUCCAGAUCCGGAACGUCAGCCAGCUCCCGGCCACGUGGUCCAUGAAGGAGAGCAGGGUCUGCCUGCAAGAAAGGCAAGAGAGCGUGUCUCCCUUCGUCAUCGAGCCGUCCAGCGGCCAAGUUCAGCCACUGGGGGAGUGCAGAGUGAGCAUCACGUUGGAGGCCCGGCACUGCCAGUGUCUGCAGACCGUCCUGAAGCUGGAGGUAGUAAACGGGAUCUGCAGCCACCUGCCCGUGUAUGCCGAGGUGCAGGAGCCCUACGUGUACCUGCGGAGCAGCCAGGUGGAGGUCACCAACCUCUACAUGGGCGUGCCCACCAAGACACCUGUCACACUAAUCAAUGGCACGCUCCUGCCCACCCAGUUCCACUGGGGCAAGCUCCUGGGGCUCCAAGCAAGCUUCUGCACAGCAAACGUCUCCCCCCGACGUGGCACGCUGGGCCCUGGUGAGGAGUGCCAGUUCAGCCUAGAGUUGACUGCUCACACCCAGGACGAGUUGAUGGGCCUGGCCCUCCCUUGUAACGUGUCGGGCAUGAAGGAGCCACUGGUUCUGGGCAUUUCCGGGAAACCCCGCGGACUGCAGGUGGCCAUCGCCAUCUCUGCAGAGGACAGCGACAGCAGUGUUGCCAGCACAGAGCUGUGGCCAGGCCACCCAGAGAGGCUCCACCUGGACUUCGGCUCAGCAGUGCCACUGCGGACCCGCGUGGAUCGCCAGCUCAUCCUGACCAACUGUUCCCCGAUACAGACCCAUUUUACCCUCAAGUUUGAGUACUUUGGGAGCCCUGCAGAUAGCCUGCGCCAAAAACCCAGCCUGCCUGACAUGCCUCCUGCCCUGCUGAAGAUGGCUCGGAUGCGGGAGCUCUUGGCCAAGCGAGAGCAGCUGGAGUUUAUGGAAAGCAUGCUGUCCCAUGGGAAAGGAGCUGCCUUCUUUCCCCACCUCUCCCAGGGCGUGCUGGGGGCUCACCAGCAGCUUGGCAUUGACCUCACAGCCUGUGCGAACAUGUGGGGCGAGUACUGGGACAGCCUCAUCUGCACAGUGGGAGACCUGCCUCCAGCGGUCAUCCCGGUGCAUAUGGUGGUGGUGGGCUGCCCCAUCAGCUCCCACAGGACCACCCACUACACCACCGACCAGAUCCAGAAGGAGCCUAUUGUCAGGUUCGGCACCCGGGUCUCUGGAGGAGACACAGUCACCCGGAUCCUUCGCCUGAGUAAUUCCAGCCCCUGUGACAUCCGCCUGGACUGGGAGACCUACACUCCAGAGGACAGGGAGGACCGGUUGCUGGAGCUGCUGGUGUCCUAUGGACCACCCUUCCCGCUGCGGGACCAAGCUGGGAACGACCUCCUGUGCCCUGAGACCCCUGAGAGCAGCAGCUCCUUCUGGUCCCCAAGUCCCUCUGACGUGUCCAAGUCCGGCCGUGAAGCUGCCCAGUCUGCUGAGGGCAGCUCCCGUGCCAGCGCCUCCCAGGAAAUCAUCUCGGUCACCCUGCAGGGGCGCGAGGGAGUGCCCUGUGACCAGCUGUUCUCCAUCAGCCCCAAGCAGGUGGUGGUCCCCGCAGGGGGUAGCAGCACCAUCCGCAUCUCCUUUACACCCGUGGUCCUGGGCCCCGACGUCCUGCACAAGGUGGAGUGUACUGGCUCCGCCCUGGGCUCCAUGAGCUUGGAUGACGAGGUGGAGAGGGAGCUUCCAGGGAGGAGGCGCCGCCUGCAGGGCUCGGCUGUGGGACCCAUGAGGCUGCACCUGCACGGCUAUGUGAGGCCCGCGCAGCUGAGCGUGGAGCUGGACUCCGGCGGCAGCGUGGUGUUCUGGCUCCAGGCCAGUGACCUCAUCCCCGAGCAGCGCUGUGCUGGGGUGCUGAGCGAGCUGGUGACCACCCACCACCUGAAGCUGACCAACACCACGGAAAUCCCACACUACUUCCGGCUCCUGGUCUCCAGGCCCUUCUCUGUUUCUCAAGAUGGGGUGAGCCGCAGCCACAGGGCUCCCGGCCCCAGCUGGAAGCAGGAGUGCAAGGAGGGGACAGCAGCAGCCAGCAAGCAGCUGGCACUCUACCCACAGGAGAACAUGCUGGUGAACGUGUCCUUUUCCCUCUCCCCGGAGCUGCUCUCCUAUCAGAAGCUCCCGACUGACCAGGUGUUGCCUGGAGUGGACAUUCAGCAGAGCGCGAGUGGAGAGAAACAGAUGGUCUUCACUCAGAAUCUGCUUCUGCAGUACAGCAACCAGACCACUCAGGUGGUGCCCCUGCGGGCCGUCGUGGCCAUGCCCGAGCUGCAGCUCUCCACCAGCUGGGUGGACUUCGGGACCUGCUUCGUGAACCAGGGCCGUGUCCGGGAGGUCUACCUGAUGAACCUGAGCGGCUCCCGGAGCUACUGGGCCGUGUUGACAGGCCAGCAGGAGCCAGACAAAGACCCUGUUGCCUUCAGGGUCUCCCCAAGCAGUGGGCUGCUGGAGGCACGACCGGUCAACGCACCCCCCACCUCCGUCCCCCUCCAGGUUUCCUUCACCGCCAGGAGCUGUGAGCUGUACGAGUCCACGCUGGUGGUGGAAGGUGUGCUCGGUGAGAAACCCUGCACCCUGCGGCUCCGGGGCCAAGGCUCGUACGACGAGAGAUAUGCGUCACCCUACUAGCUCUGAGCCUCUGCCCUCAACCCCCAAUACUGGAAAUAAACACGGCCCAGAGCUAUGGAGCAGCUUUACUGGGCAAAGG